UCGCGGGCGGACGGGCGCUCGUACUACGCUGACAGAGGGGAGUCACUCGGGGCGCUGGCAGGAGAGGACUCACUCGGGGCGCUUGGCAGUCUGUCCUGGCGCGGAGGGCGUGGGCGGCGAGGAGGGACGCACGUCGACGAUACUGUGAUGAGAUGAAGAGACUCCCGUGUGUGUUCUGAGCGUGCGGGACGCUAGUGGUGGUGAGGCGGCCGGUGCUUUGUGACGAGCUGGCCGAAGAACAAGAAUUAGAAACUUGAAGAUGUGGCUCGGUGGGUGACGCGGUGUGAGCGAUAAGAGAAAGAGAGAAAGAAAAGAGUUAAUUUUGCGUCGCUUAUCGAGUACCAAGCACCAUGAGCGACACCUGGAGUGACCUCGGCGUCGAUGACAUCCGUCGACGCCGACACUCCCUUCCGACGGAGGAGUUCAGGGUGGCCGGCAACCCUAACCCUCUCGGCAUUCCCUUCUACAGGAACCUGCCGGUGAUGGGGAUGGAGCAGGAGGAGAGGGCGUCCCUCCUGGGCUCUCAACAGUACGUGUACCAAUCGUCCGGCUCUGACACCUACUCCGGGGAUUUCUUCGAUGAGGAGGAGGCCGGGGACUCCUCGGGCCUCGUGAAGCAGUCGGGCCUCGGGUACGGCACCUGGAGGGCACCCGACGAGGGCAUCACACUCACAUGGAGGGACCUGAGCGUGUACGUGCCACAGAAGAGGAACUGGUUCAGGAGCGACGCGGGACAUCGGCCCUUCAAGCGAGUGCUCAACAAUGUGUCUGGCGCCGUCCGUCCUGGCAGUUUGGUGGCUCUCAUGGGUUCGAGUGGCGCCGGGAAAUCCACCCUCAUGAACGCCCUCGCUCACCGCACGCCCGGGGGAGUCAUCGUCGACGGGGAGAUCCUCGUGAACAGCCGCCGAGCCAGCCGCGCGAUGGCGUCCCUGGCAGGAUACGUGCACCAGGAUGACCUUUUCGUUGGCUCGCUCACGGUGAAGGAGCAUCUCAUGUUUAUGGCCCGACUGAGGAUGGACCGACGGAGGACGCAGAAGCAGCGGAUGGCGCGCGUGCUGGAGCUCAUGAAGGAACUCGGUCUCCUGAAGACGCAGAACACGCGGAUCGGCACGCCGGGGCAGGACAAGUCCCUGUCGGGGGGGGAGAGGAAGCGCCUGGCGUUCGCGACGGAGAUUCUCACCGACCCGCCCUUGCUCUUCUGUGACGAGCCAACGACGGGCCUCGACUCGUACAACGCCCGAAAACUCGUGAGGAUGAUGAAGGACAUGGCAGCCCGGGGCAAGACCAUCCUGUGCACGAUCCACCAGCCUUCCUCCGAGGUCUUCGCCAUGUUCGACAAGCUGCUGCUGCUGGCCGAGGGGCGCGUGGCGUACAUGGGGUCAUCGUCGGGCGCUCUGGAGUUUCUGGACAGCCUCGGCCACAAGUGCCCCUCGACCUUCAACCCGGCUGACUACUACAUCCACACGCUGGCGGUUCUUCCCGGCCACGAACACCGAUCUCGCGAGCGGAUCAAGAGGAUCUGCGACAACUUUGCCGUAUCCGCCUACUCGAAGGACAUCGACAUCACCAUCCAGUACCAAGACAACAUGUGCAUUUCCCAGUCCGAUUCGGGAGCGAGUUCUCAAGAGGACCACUUCUUCCGGAGUAUACCACAAAAGCCCAAUUGGCUCGUCCAGUUCUGGUGGCUGACGUGGCGCUCGCUCGUCGACUCCUACAGGAACCCUGCCAUUCACUCCAUCAGGAUCAUGCAGAAAAUUCUCAUCGCUUUCCUCGUGGGCGUGUGCUACACCAACGUCACGCUGAAUCAGGCCGGCAUUCAGGACAUCGAGGGCGUCCUGUUCAUCUUCAUCACGGAAAAUACCUUCCCUUCCCUCUACGGAGUGCUGAACAUCUUCCCCCAAGAACUGCCUCUGUUCCUGCGAGAGUAUAAGAACGGGAUAUAUCGGGCGGAUACCUAUUACCUCUCCAAGAUGGUGGCGCUGAUCCCAGGCUUCAUUGUAGAUCCGGUCGUGUUCUGCAUCAUCUGCUACUGGAUGGUUGGUCUACAGAGACACGCGUACCAUUUCUUCAUGACGAUUCUGAUCACAAUCUUCACCGCCAACACUGCCUCGGCCUGUGGUUCCAUGUUCUCCGCUAUGUUUGAGAGCAUCCCUUACAUCAUGCUGUUCCUCAUUCCCUUCGAUGUUGUUCUCCUCAUCUCGGGAGGACUGUUCAUCAACCUUUCGUCAAUGCCAUGGUAUAUUGGUUGGGUGAAGUAUUUAUCCUGGUUCAUGUACAGCAAUGAAGCACUUACUGUUACUCAGUGGUCUGAUGUAACAAAUAUCACAUGCGAGAUGCCGCCCGGUGUCCCCUGCAUCAGCAACGGGCAACAAGUCAUUAAAGAAUAUGCCUUUAAUGCAUCUCAUCUGCAUUAUGACUUUGGACUCUUAACACUUCUCUACAUUGGCUUCCAUCUCCUUGGUUUCUUAGGGUUGUACCUACGAGCAAGAAAGAAGUGAAGUUCUGUUUAGAAUAUAUUAAUAGCUUGCAUCUUUUAGAAAGGAAAAUGGAAGGCAUUAGUCAGAAUAUGUCUUCCUUAUUGGAACUGUGGUCUAAAUAAGCAGGCCAUGAACGCUCAUGUGCAAUUCUAAUGGAUAGGACUAAUGUUAUGCUGAUUACAGAGUGAAGUGAAAAGAAAUCGUUAAAAAAAAAAUUAUUUAAAGCCAAACUAAAUGACUUAUGGCUG